CUAUAAAUCAUAAUGUAAUUCAACUCUAAUACUAUAUGUCACCAGUCGGAGCCUUAGAACGUCAAUCAUUGCCUUCGGUUCCUCCGCUCGCUCUCAGAUUCCUCUUAAACGCAUAAAAGAACAAGACCGCGUCUCCAAAACGCAUCUUCCGAAUCUCCGACAAUGGCUCUCCAAGCCACUUCUACUACCUUCUCCUUCUCCGCUCCUACUCUCCGACCAACUCGUGACUCAUUCACUUCAAAACGUCGCAUCUCCAUCAAAGCUUCUUCAGGACUCUCUUCUCCUCCCCUCCUCUCUCUUUCACGAUCUAAUCUCAAAGGAAGAGCCUUUGCUACUGAUGGGUCAACGCAAGAGUCACCUUCUGUGGUGUGUUUCGGAGAAAUGCUAAUAGAUUUCGUACCAACAACAAGCGGGCUUUCUUUGGCCCAAGCACCAGCUUUCAAAAAGGCUCCAGGUGGCGCCCCUGCUAAUGUUGCUGUUGGUAUCGCUCGUCUCGGUGGUUCUUCAGCUUUCAUUGGCAAGGUUGGUGAAGAUGAGUUUGGUUAUAUGCUUGCAAAUAUCCUCAAGGAUAACAAUGUGAACAGUGAAGGCAUGCGUUUUGAUCCUGGAGCCAGAACUGCUUUAGCUUUUGUCACUUUGACUAAUGAAGGCGAGCGUGAGUUCAUGUUUUAUAGGAAUCCUAGUGCUGACAUGUUGUUAGAAGAGUCUGAGCUUGAUUUGGAUUUGAUUAAGAAGGCGAAGAUAUUCCAUUACGGUUCAAUAAGUCUGAUCACAGAACCGUGCAAGUCAGCUCACAAAGCUGCAGCAAAGGCUGCUAAGGAUGCUGGUGUGAUUCUUUCGUAUGACCCUAACCUUAGGCUCCCCUUGUGGCCUUCUGCAGACAAUGCUAGAGAUGAAAUUCUCAGCAUUUGGGAUACUGCUGAUAUCAUUAAGAUUAGUGAAGAGGAGAUUGAGUUUCUAACGAAAGGAGAAGAUCCUUAUGAUGAUUCUGUCGUCAGGAAGUUGUUCCAUCCUAAGCUGAAACUACUCCUCGUCACUGAAGGUCCUGAAGGCUGUCGCUACUACACAAAGGAUUUUAGCGGGAGAGUACAUGGAUUAAAGGUGGAAGUAGUGGACACGACAGGUGCUGGGGAUGCGUUUGUUGCCGGAAUAUUAUCUCAACUAGCAUGUGAUCUCUCUUUGCUUCAGGACGAAGAAAGACUGAGAGAGGCUCUAAUGUUUGCGAAUGCGUGUGGUGCCUUAACCGUAAAAGAGAGAGGUGCAAUACCGGCACUUCCUACGAAAGAAGCUGUACUUGAGGCCCUACUCAAAGUCGUCGUCUAAAAUCAAAAACAAAAUGAGAAAGCAGAUUCAGAUUUUUGUUCCUCAAAUCUGUAUUUGUUGUUUGUUUGUAACAUAGCUAUACGUUAUUAGUGUAUUCUCACAUUGUUAGUAUGCUAGCAACUAACCAAACUAGCAUGUUUUGUCAAGUUAAGAGAAUUUUUAAUGCUAUUUCUUCAUUUACUUAAUCGGCAGUUUAGAUGGUAAUACAGAAAGAAGCAAACCAGAGACAAAGAAUCACAUAUCAGAAACAGCCCCAAAGGUAGUUAAGCUCCUCUCUCCGUUGCUUUGGUCUUGUUAAACAUUUGCUACUUCUGUCAACUCCGUCAAAACGUCUUCCUGGUUUGGUUCGAUUAGCACUAGAUUCUUUCAUCAUCUCGUCUUCCUCUAGAUCCACAAGAGAUGAUGCCUUUUCCUUACUUAACCAAAACGGUAGAAUCAAAUCUAAAACCAGUUUCAGUUUUUCAUGUAAAAGAAUAAUGACAGGAAGAAAUGUACCACUAAAUAUUGCGGUUAUUUGCUCCUGUCAUCUUCUUCCUGAAACCAAGCUUUUGAUGUUUUUGAGAUCGAAGUAGAGGAAGAGCCAACUCCAACAACAAUACGUAUGUUUGUCCCCUUCAAGAUUCUCUUCAUAUGUACACUCGCCUAUGUUAGUCUCAUCUUCAGAGACUUCAGACUCAUAUAUCUCAGAUUCAUAGCUCCCUUCUUCUUCGAUGCUUUGUUUGGUCCAUAUCUGAGCACCACAUUCAAUAAUGUCGAAGUCGUGGAAAAUGCUGCUGAACUCGAACACUAUCUCUCUGCUGCUUACUUCCAUGUCUUCGAUAUAAUCCUCUUGGAGGAAGUCAGAGUAAAAUAUAAAGAGAUGUUCCGUCAGUAAUCUUGGAAUGGCGUAAACGUAGUCCUCAAUGGGGAGACGUAACCCUCCUUUGGCUUUGGUCCUACACAACAGUUUUGGAAUCCUGUUUUCUUUGGCUUGAUCGUUUGGUGAAACGACAAGACAAACCUUAAACCUGGAGAGAGCAGAGAGGGGGUUGUUACAAGUGGAUUGAAUAGUCAAGCAGUUGCCUCUGGCUCGGUGAUCAAACACUUCAGGUACCUCACUUCCAGGUAAGAGAGCUGAACCAUGAAGGAAUAAUGAUUGUGGGAUAAUGUCUCUUUCCCCCAAUGUGAAGCAGUUGUUGAAACUGAGCAUCGCUUUGGGAAUGUCAAAAGGGCGUACUAGGAUCUCCAGUGAUUGAUAAUCUUCUGCACGUAGGAAUGUGAGUGAACCAGGGAGCUCUCUCAGUUCUUCGAGUAGUCUGCAGCUAUGUAAAUCAAGUUGUGUCAACCCGUGAAGAGCCUUGAUGGAAUAUGGAAUCUUUUUAACAUCAGUAUAUCUUAAGGCUACUUCUGUUACACUCUUUUGAAGAUGUGUUAUCUCUCUAAGCAUUCCAACACUUUCCCUUCUAGGAGAGCUUAGGCCGGUGCGCAGCACAACUGAUGCAGGCACAUCUUCUAACUCCGGUUUCUUUAUGUGCGUUGAGAUAACUGGAAUGUUCUUCGAUUUCGAGAAACCUCUCAUGAAGAUGUAUUCGAGGGAUGUCAAGCUCAGGUGAGCUGGAAUGGCUUGA